GACACAUUCAUAGCAGCUUCAUCACUGCUCCAGCCAGUCCUCCUCCGAUCCUUGCUGCGUUUCCUGGCGGCAUAUAGCUGCACCUCGAUGCAUGCGUCCAUCUGCACGUACCGCACCAGCAGUAGGCGCGCAGUAGCUGCUGCAACUAGGAUUCGGCCGGCGUGCGUCGUACGUUCGAGGAGGCAGGGAGAUGCGGAGCGGCGGCUGCGCGGUGCAACAGGCGCUGGCGGGGGAAGCGGCGGCCGUGAUGAGGCAGGCGGUGAGCCUGGCGCAGCGCCGGGGACACGCGCAGGUGACCCCGCUGCACGUCGCCAGCGCCAUGGUCGCGGACGCCGGGGGCCUAUUCCGCUUGGCCUGCCUCCGGACGCGGUCGAGCUCCUACCCGCUCCAGUGCAAGGCGCUCGAGCUCUGCUUUAACGUCGCACUCAAUCGCCUCGCGACGGCCGGGGCACCGGCCAUGUUCCACCACGCGGGACAACGCGCGCCGGCGCUGUCCAACGCGCUCGCAGCCGCGUUCAAGCGCGCGCAGGCGAACCAGCGCCGGGGCUGCUCUGCCUCCGUGGGGGGCCAGCGUCCGCCGGGGCUCGCCGCCAAGGUUGAGCUCGAGCAGCUCGUCAUUUCCAUCCUCGACGACCCGAGCGUCAACCGCGUCAUGCGCGAGGCCGGGUUCUCGAGCGCCGAGGUCAAGGCCAACGUUGAGAAGGCCGUUUCGUCGGAGCAGUCCUCAUAUACGGCAAGCAGAAGCACGGCCUCCCCAAAUCCUAACCCCAAAGAGUCCAAAACCAAGAUCGACGUCGUCGGCGACGCCAUGCGCGUGAUGGAUUGCAUGGCGAGCGGGAGGAAGAGGUGCAUGGUGGUCGUCGGCGAAAGCGCGGCCGCCGCGGAAGGAGUGGUGAAGGAGGUGAUGGACAAGGUGAGCAAGGGCGAGCUGCGGCGCCAGCAGGAGUGCCUCAAGAACGUCCAGUUCGUGCCCUUCUCGGCCGCGUCCUUCCAGCGCAUGCUGAGGGAGGAGGUGGAGGCCAGGGCCGGCGACCUGCGCGCGCUCGUGCGCGAGGGCUGCGCAGCCGGGAAAGGAUUGGUGCUCGUGCUCGAGGACCUCGGCUACACCGCUGAGGCCUGGACCGCCGCUUCGGUGAAGAGAAGUGGCCGCCUUGAGCACGGCAACUACUACUGCCCCGUCGAGCACGCCGUCAUGGAGCUGAGCAGCUUGGUGCGUGGCGACGGCAGAGGUCACGACUGCGACAGGUUCUGGCUGCUAGCGUUCGGAGCCUACCCGUCCUACAAGAACUGCAGGGCUGGGCAGCCUUCCCUGGAGGCCGUUUUGGAGCUGCACCCCGUCGUCGUGCCUGACGGCGGCCUCGCGUUGAGCCUCGGCGGCGACAGUGAGCUCACAUACUGCGGCACCGACAUGGUCACGGCGACGGCAGCGAGCGUCCCCUCGUGGCUUCGCCGCUGCCAAGGUCCAGACCUCACCGGAUCCGAGCUCGCACUGAGCUUCUCGUCACCGGUCGCUUCUCGUCACCGGUCCAGACCUCACCAGAACCCUAAUCCAGUCUCCUCUAACUCGGUGUCCUACUCAUCGGGCGGCGCCACGGAGCCUGCAGCUCGCCGUCGGCCAUGUUUCACGGAGCUGACCGCGGAGAACCUCAAGAUCCUGUGCAGCGCACUCGAAACGCGCGUUCCACGGUACAGGGACAUCGCUCAGGGCAUCGCCAGCGCCGUGCUCCAGCGCCGCUCGGGCGUGACGAGGACGACGCGGCCGAGCUCGGCAACGUGGCUGCUCUUCCAAGGAAGGGACAGCAACGGCAAGACGUCGAUGUCUCGGGAGCUCGCCAGGCUUGUCUUCGGUUCCUACGCCGAGUUCACAACCAUCGCACCAACCGAUUUCGCCCUGGCUCUCUCCGGUUCCAGCUCCGGAGACGAACUCAGCCUCAAGAGGCAGAGAUCGGCGGAGAACGAGCACGGCUACGUGGAGAGGCUGUACAAGGCGAUCCGCGAGAACCCUCACCGUGUCGUGCUGAUCAACGGCGUCGGCCGAUCAGACAACGACUCGGAAGCCGGCGUCAAGAAUGCGAUCACAACUGGAACAGUGAGGGGUUGCAAUGGCGAUGUGGUCAGCUUGGAGGACGCCAUUGUAGUGCUGAGCUAUGAAGUGCUCGAGUCGAGAUCUACGGCUUCCUCCCCUCCGCGGGUGAAGCAACGGGUCAUGUGCGACGUCGCCGGCAAGGAGGAAGAUGAUGGUGCAGAGAAAGGAGUUGUGCCACGUUUUAGCUUGGAUUUGAAUGCAUGCGCCAUUGACGGUGAAGGGGAGGGAGAGAGUUCACUUGAUGUUGUGGAGAUCCUUAAUGCUGUGGAUGGUGUUUUCUUCUUCCAAUAUUAA